UCCCGUUCUUAUUUCUAGUGCCUCACGUCGUCUGCCACAAACCCGUCCGACAGGUAUGCUAAUAUCAAGGCAGUACACCGGCACGUAAACACUGACUGACAGCGUCAUGCAUACAGGUAAACUCAAGUCUUCCAAGUAUAGGCACGGAAACACGUACGAGGUGGACCGAUCGAUCUCACAAAGUACACUGGAGAUGGCGACAGCGACGGACAUGGCGGGGUUCCCGGCCCCUGUAUGGGACUCCACCCAUGUCUCUCUGAAGGACGUACUUAUGCAGUGUGAGAUACCGAUGGUAGCGAAAAUAACAAAGGGACAAUUCCAUAAUUUAGGAGUAUCUAAAAUCCCUCUGAGGAAAUUUCACCAGGACGUUGUUGUUCAUUCUAUAAAGACGGGCGUGAAAGUGUUAGCACACAGUGUUAGCCGCUUCGAGGCUCGUGACGGAAGGACGAGUAAGAUUGUCGCUCUGGACCAGCGUCUUAGCAUCCCUUUGUCUUAUAAUGGCUGGUUUGAACUAUUGUCUGAGGACGGACGGUCGGCCAGGCCCAUAGACAGUGUAUAUAGACUCGCAAGGGAGUUCCCAAGUAAGUGUUUAGUCAGACAAAACCUUAAAGGUUAUAUGUCAAAUGAAGAUGGUAAAUUAACUUUUGAUAAAUCUAAAGUGAUCCCAGCUGGGGAACAAUUGACCCUUGCGGGAACAGUCAACGGUCCGGGGGAUAGGGUCAAGUUUCUUAGGUGUACGGACUCAAAGGGCGUAGUUCUGUACCUGAGUUUUGACCAACAAGGGACGUUUACGCCUAUCGCCAAUCCUGGAGAUGUUUCGGGUGUGUUCAUGUUCAAAGACAUAGUUAAAGUGUUCCGUCUUCCACUAACAGUGAAACUUGUGAUGGGUGUAUGGCCAAAAGUGGACCCGUCAAAGUUCACAGGGUACAUGAGACUCGACUGGACAUAUACCGACGAAACAGCAUUCCUAUGUCCCUUGGACAAACACAGUAUUCGGAUCACUCCGGUGCCCACCGAGGUCCCUCUCAAGCUCAACCCGGUCCAAAAUAUGGAGGAAAUCAAAGAAAGCCAGUCUUUUAAGGACAUGAUGACCAAAUGUAACAAAAUGAUCGCCAAUUACAACAAUACGAUACAUUUGAUUGUGGCUGUUCCCGACGCUGUCAAACGGAGGAAGUCCCAAGAUCUCGCCAACUCUCUCACAAAACAAAACAACACGAUCAACCGGAAAAACAAUGCCAACUCGCUCAUGAAACGGUCGAAAAGCCGGGAGGAACUCCUCAUGGAUGAAAUGGACGAUCUGUAUCAGUAUAUCAGGGAGGGAAAAUCCCCUCCCCAACAGAAAUACGGAUAUGAUUCUGACGAGGAAAGUUAUUUCGAGGAACCUGCGUACGAACCCCUGGAUGACUUCCGUGCUCGGUUAGCUAUGCUGGAGCGGGGUCAGCCAGCACACAAAAACAGUAAGUACUAUCGUCCGACUUCAGGUUUAUAUGUUGGGGACGAAAACUCGCCCGUCCGCAGCCGUGUUGACCAGCAUAGACAUUCUUUUGGCGCAGUGAUAAUGUCUUCACAAAGCGCGGGACAACUCCCCUCGGGCAAAAAGGACAAUCCCCCUCCCCUGCCGCCCCGGCGAUACCAACGGACAGAAUCUUCCCCAAUGAUUCGUAUUAAGUGUAAUCAACAAACACAGGAUUCGUCCAGUGGCUCUAGCCGAGGAGAGUUGCAAAAAAUAGUGAGUGACCCAAAGAUGAACCGACGAAACAGUCGGGACUCCUCAGGGAGCCAGACUAAAGUACUAAUGGACGAUCGGAGCACUAGUUCUCGGACCGGAUCGUCAGGAAAACACCAAUCCAUGCAAACAUUCUAUUUAUAGCAUCUACUCGAAAGGGGCAGAUAAUCGAUGUUCCCGCCAUGGGCAGGUAACCGAUGCCCCCGUCAGGGGCAGAUAACCAAAGUUUGAUUCUGUGUGGGACAUGAUUACGCGUGUGAAAGAAUGUGCGGGAUUGUAUACCAAAAUGAUGUACCGGUAAUAUGAAUGUAUGCAUUUAAACAAAACUGAGAUUAAUUGAAAUAAUUGUUAAUUACAUGUCUUAUUUAUAAUCACCAAUUAGUUAUUAAUGGCUGCCACUGUGAUUAAUUAAAUAAGAGAAAAAAUAACAUUCA